ACAAGGGCUAUACAGCGCUGCAGCGUCGUUAACAAUACCUCAAAUUUAGAAUAUUUACUCAAAUAUCAUUCUAUGGUUAACGACAUUAUACAUGACCAGUGACCCUUAUUAUUCCUCCCUUUAAUGAUGCAUUUCCAACAGUAACUUUCCCAUCCUUCUUACCCAGUAGUUUAUUUCUCUGUGGGUCACUAUGCACAGUGAUUAUUCCUCUAAUUCCCUCUCUUACAAUGACCUAUCUUGACCUCUUGUGUUACAGCCGGGCCAUUAUGAUGUACCUAGCUAACAAGCAUGCUACUGAGGAGACGCAGUACCUGUAUCCCAAGGAACCUGAGGAGCGAGCCAAGGUGGAUCGUAUGCUCUUCUUCGACAUGGGUACACUCUACCAUGCUAUCAAGGAAUAUUUCGGUCCCAAGAUUCACCAAGGUCUUCCCCCGGACCCGGAGAAGGAGAACCUGCUCAAGCAAAGUCUCGACUACCUCGACCACUUCCUUGAGAUCGGUGGAGUGCCUUACCUGUGCGGGGAGAAGAUCACCCUGGCUGACAUCGCCGUCCUGGCCUCCGUAACUGAGCUCGAUGCUCUGGAAUACAGCUACAAGUGUUAUGGCGACCUUAACAGAUGGGUGGAGAGGGUCAAGGGUAACUUCCCUUACUACAAGGAGUGCUGUGACGAAGGUGUUGCGAUGACACGAGCCAGAGUGAAGCAACUGGAAGCAGACUUGAAGAAACAGAUGGAGAAGGAACGCAAGGCAUCUCUUACCAAGAAGUAGGAGGAAGUACAAGAAGAAAGAGUCGAGGAAGAGUCAGACGAACACAAGAAUAAAACUUCCCCGCCCCCCAACCCCCGUCACUCAGAAAACAUCACAAGUUCUCACGAAAUAGAUUAUUUAUAUCACAAAAUAGAUAAUAAUUCUUCCUUAUUCUCUAGGACAGUAUUAUAAAUUUGAGCACAUUUUUUCUCAAUUUUUUAGUGUUUCACAUUUUUUAACAAAAAAGUCAUAUGAAGUGUUCAAUAAAAUCAAAGAUAUUUAACUUUCUGACUGUAAAAUAAUGGAUUUUUAGUCAAAAUAUUUUAUUUUUAACAGCAAACAGAAAAUAAUCCGAAAAAUCGUAAAUUAUCAUAAGCAAGAAAACAAGGUUUAAGAAAUAUAAUACAAUGAUUAUUCUCUCUAUAUAUAUUAAAUAUAAACAUUAUAGAUGUGUAUAGAUUACAGCACAACCCUCCCGUUGAACCAGAGGAUUGAACAUGUCACCUCAAAGCUUCCAUGGAUGUAAUAAAUGUUUCUUUAGUGAAGAUACAUAGAGCCGGUCAGUCACUCUGCAAAUUUCAAUGAGAUUCCCAUAUAUUGUAUCUUCUUUGAGGGAUGCUGGGGGUCAGCAUCCAGUGGGAGAAUAUAUUGUAUCUUCUUUGAGGGAUGCUGGGGGUCAGCAUCCAGUGGGAGAAUAUAUUGUAUCUUCUUUGAGGGAUGCUGGAGGUCAGCAUCCAGUGGGAGAAUACAGCAUGAUAAUACAGUAAUAAUCACCAAAUGCAACACCAGGAACAAAUCUCAAAGGGGAAAAAAUCAUUGACAAUACCACAGUACCAGAAAUACAAUACCAGAAAUACAAUACCAGAAAAUACAAUACCAGGGAAUACAAUACCACAAGCAGCAUUACAUAUGCCACAAUAAGCAUUACUUCCGUGUGCAUUAUACUUACCCGAUUUUUUGUUUACAGUUAUGCUGUUUAUAAUGCUGUAAUUGAUGUGUUAUGAUGUAAUUAAGAGAGUUUAGUGUAUAUAUUGACUCUGUCACAGUAUUCUGUACUGUCACAGUAUGCUGUACUGUCAUACUAUACUGUACUGUCAUGGUAUGCUGUACUGUCACAGUAUAUUGUCACAGUAUGCUGUCAAUCAUGGUAUGCUGUACUGUCACAGUAUGCUGUGACUGUCAUGGUAUUCUGUACUGUCACAGUAUGCUGUACUGUCAUGGUAUUCUGUACUGUCACAGUAUGCUGUAUUGUCAUGGUAUGCUGUACUGUCACAGUAUGCUGUAUUGUCAUGGUAUGCUGUACUGUCACAGUAUGUUAUACUAUCAUGGUAUGCUGUACUGUCACAGCAUGCUGUACUGUCAUGGUAUGCUGUACUGUCAUGGUAUGCUGUACUGUCAUGGUAUUCUGUACUGUCACAGUAUGCUAUACUGUCAUGAUAUGCUGUAUUGUCACCGUAUGUUGUCAAUCAUGGUAUGUUGUGACAGUAUGCUGUGACUGUCACAGUAUGCUAUACUGUCACAGUAUGCUAUACUGUCACAGUAUGCUGUACUGUGACAGUAUGCUGUACUGUCAUGGUAUGCUAUACUGUCACAGUAUGCUGUGAUUCAGUAUACUAUGACUGUCACAAUAUGCUGUGACUGUGACAGUAUGCUGUGACUGACAGUAUUCUGUACUGUCACAGUAUGCUGUGACUGCCACAGUAUUCUGUACUGCCACAGUAUGCUGUGAUUGUCACAGUAUUCGUGUCAAUAUAAUAUAUAUAUUUAACUUUUUCGUUGUUGUGUUAUAAUAUUCUCAGAGGUAUAUUAGCAGUGGAGUUUUUCAAUUAAAUGCUUCAUUAAAGUGAGUCUCUUAGUUUAAACUAGCUUUGAGAGUUUAAAUAUGCGAGUCUGUACACUGCUACACCAUUUUAUGUUUUCCUAUUAACAACUGGUAGUUAAAUUGAAAGGAUAAGCAGUUCUCUAUACAUGUGUAACCCAAGUAUAGGAGAAAGAUAUUUCUCAAUCUCGUUUCGGUUUGACUUAGACCAUUAACAAGUGUGACUUGUUAGUUAGUGGGCCAAAUUGGACCAUCGCUGAGAGUUUCUCCUAUAUGCAGGUUAUUUGUGUAUUAUUCCACUCAUGGCAUUUUGCCUUUUUUUUUUUUAAUCCUUUCAAGUCACUGUUGUAUUUUGAAAGAGCAUCUUUGGGUUGAAGAGAAUUGUGAUCUCACCACAGGUUAGCCAAAGCCUCAUACCAGAGGGGUUACUAUCAGAGCUUUAGAUCUGAUUAGCACAGCCACACCUGAAUACAUCUUAGCCUAUUGUAAAAUUCUUCAUGUAUCCACUAAAAAACUGCUAAACCCAUACAGGGGUUUUCCAGCUCUGCUCAGCCAGUAUGUAAAGUAUUGUAAGAGGUCAAGUAUUAACCUAGUGUCAGAUUUGGAUACUUGUGUAUUUUUUUUCAGUUUUAAGAUUGUGUGUGCAGGGGUAGACUUAGCUAAACCUUGUUUGUUUUAUGGAAUAGUUUAAGCUGCUGGGUUAAGAACUUGGUGACCGUAGUGGCUAUCAUAUUUGUACACUGGUGAUGUACUGCCUGACUUGAAUCUACAGUUAUGAUCAUAGUGUUACAUGCUACGUGGCUUUAGUGACGUCUCCCGUACAUCAGUACUUGUGCUGUGUCCUUUACACCAGUACUUGUGCUGCGUCCUUUACACCAGUACUUGUGCUGUGUCAUGUACACCAGUACUUGUGCUGUGUCAUGUACACCAGUACUUGUGCUGUGUCAUGUACACCAGUACUUGUGCUGCGUCAUGUACACCAGUACUUGUGCUGUGUCAUGUACACCAGUACUUGUGCUGUGUCAUGUACAACAGUGACACCAUAAGGUUUCUGAAUCUUGCCAACACUUCAGUUAUCCCUUCUCUAAGCCCCCCAAACAAAAAUAAAAGCAGAAAUAACAGCGUUGCUUCAAGAAAGGCAUCCUCCCUAGCCCCUUCUUCCAACCAGAAAACCAGCCCCUAAACCCCAUCUAUAUCUAACUUGUGGAGCCGCCCCUGUCUUAGUACUGAUGCUGUAACUUGCACUGACUUAAAGACGCUGUGAAGAAAACCUGUACUACCAGUGUGGGAAAGUAGAGAAAGGGGUCGAUGCCCCCUUGAGAGGGGUGGAUGCCCCCUUGAGAGGGGUUUUAGCCCCCUUGAGAGGGGUCUUAGCCCCCUUGAGAGGGGUCUUAGCCCCUUGAGAGGGGUCUUACCCCCCUUGAGGGGUCUUACCCCUUGAAAGGGAUCUUAGCCCCUUGAGAGAGAUCGACACCCCCUGUGGAGGAAAUUUCUCGACAGAUGCCGUCACUUCUCACAGACCUGUGUCUUGUCCAUGGCUUCUCUCCUGUACUAAGCCAUCAUGACAACACUUGCCGUCCUGUAAUGUUCCUUACAAGGUUGGAGAACAUGUGUACACCUUGAAUUGUGAAGGUUGUAUUAAUAAAGGAAUUUAAAAUGA